CCAGUUUCUUCACAUGUUGGCUACCAAUUAUAUUACAACCAAUACAUACAUAGUUCGACGAGGGUGAUAGUGACCGGUGCCUGUAACAUUUCUCCGUGACUUUACUUACAAAAUUCUUUAUUAUAAUUUUUGUUUUUAAAGGAAAAAAUAAAAAGAAAAAAAGAAAAAUGGUAGUACUGAGUGAAACAAGCGUUCCAGUGAUUGAUCUAAGAGAUUUUGAUUUUGAAUUCGAAGAUGAAGAUGACAAAUCAUCAUCAUCAUCAUCGUCAGAAAAAGUAGUUUACCAGAAAUUGAGAGAAGCUUGUGAAGAAUGGGGUUGUUUCAGAAUAAUCAACCAUGGAAUCCCCAUAUCUCUAAUGUCGGACAUGAAAACCCUCAUCCGAUCUCUACUGGAUCUUCCUCCGGAGAUCAAGGCCAGAAACGCUGACGUCAUCACCGGAAGUGGCUACGUGGCUCCUUCUCCGGCCAACCCUCUCUACGAGGCCUUGGGACUCUAUGAUUAUGCCUCGCCGGAGGCUCUUCGUCGCUUUUCCGAUCAAUUGGGUCUCUCUCCCUACCAAAGAGAGAUAGUAGAAAAGUAUGGUAGAGCAGUGAAUGGAUUGAGUUUAGAUAUUGGGAAAAGGAUGGCUAAGAGUUUGGGUUUGAAUGUGUUGAAAUUGAAAGGGUGGCCAUGGCCAUGCCAAUUCAGAAUAAACAAGUAUAAUUUCAGUGAUGAUACAUUGUUGGGUUCCAGUGGAGUCCAAAUUCAUACUGAUAAUAGUUUCUUGACCAUUCUUCAAGAAGAUGAAGAUGUUAAAGGUCUUGAAAUUAUUACCAAAAAUGGUCAAUUUCUGCCUGUGGAUCCUUCUCCCGGUACUCUCUUGCUCAAUCUUGGAGACAUUGCCACGGCAUGGAGCAAUGGGAGGUUCUACAAUGUGAAGCAUAGGGUUGUAUGCAAAGAAGCUAUGAUUAGGGUUUCAAUAGCUUCAUUUAUGUUGGGACCAAAAGAUGAGGUUGUGGAAGCACCACAAGAGUUGAUUGACAAUGAAAAUCCUUCUCUAUAUAUUCCUUUCCAUUAUCAACAUUACAGAAACCUAAGACUUUCCACCAAAUCCAGAGCUGGGGAAGCCCUUCAACUACUUCUACGAAAUAAUAUUUAGAAAAUGCACCGCACACACACCCAUCUCAUUACUUUAAUUUCCCACAAUUAUCAAUUUUUAUACUUUGUCCACCAAUAAAAGAAAAAUCGUAUAAUAUAACUCAGCUCGUGUUUCGGUGCUUGGAGAUUUCGGUGGCCUUAGAUAUCGGAUCUAAGUUUGUGAUUGUGGAGUCUGACUCGAGUGUGGUCAUCAAUGCUCUCAAUGGGAAGGAUUCUUGUUGGGCGCUUGAAAACUAUAUCUCAUUUUGUUCUAAGUCUUCUCCACUCUUUAUUAAUUGUAAUUUUUCUUUUAUAAGUAGAACUUGUAAUUUUGUCGCUCAUAAUGUGGCUAGAUGGGCGUUUGCUCAUCAGGUAUUUGGGUCUAUCCCGGUUUCGGUUGUACCUAACAAUAUUUUGUGUAACGACCGAGAGGUCUAAUUUUAUUUGAAUCUA